ACGUGGAUCAGUUGGGUCUAAAUUCGGACCGAGAUCGAAAGUCCAACAUGCAGUGCAUUCUACCCGUUAUCCUUUGCCUUUGGGCUCUUAGUCCCGUCCAGAUCGAAGCGCGUCAGGUCAGGAUCAACCGGUAUGCGGUCAGUGUGCAGGAGGAUCAGCCGGCCGAGGCUAAGGAUGCUCCCUAUCCGGCGAGAGGCUAUAGACCACAAGGUCGCUCCUUCUGGCUGCCAGGCGAAGUGGAAGUAGAGGUCAUUGAAGGGCCCGGUGCUGUGGAGGCCGAGGUUCAGGAAGGCUCAGGUUUGGGUACGAAUCAGCUGACCACCACAACCGAACUGCCUCUGGAGGAUCUGUCGACCAGCACUACAGAUCCAACCGACGACUGGAGCACAACCACCAACUGGGUCUCCGUGGACCCUACCACAGCUCCCCCAGCUCCCCCCGCUGUGGAAUCCCGUUCCGGUCGGGCUUUUGUAAAAGCUCCUUAUCCACCGGCCGGCUACCGACCAAGUCGCGCCUUCCGCCUGCCCACCGAGCAGAGCAGGGAGGAGGAGCAGAAGACCUUCUCCAGCAACUCCACCGACAGCAAUGCCGAUCACCCGGUCUGCGGGGUCAGCACUGACCCCCUGAAACCCACUCCGGAACCAGGAUCCAAGGAUGAGCCGGACUCGGAGAGUGUGGUCUUUACUGCCAAUGUGGGACCUGCUGUGGUGGUGGCUAGAGCUCCCUCCUCCAUUCCGUUGGCUAUUCCCCUGCGAUCGCAGCCUCUGAUCCAGGCUCCCAGAUCCCGGGGAUUUGUCUACACCACGGAUGUGGAGCAGCGGUGGUAAUGGGGCGGGAGGUAAUCAUUAUCAUUGUUAACAGUUCAGUAUUUAAAGUUACUUUUG